CCCUGUUGCAAUCGCCUCCUAAUAAUCAGAGGACUAGCUGCUGCUGCAGUAGGAUGUGUUGCUUGCUGAUGGUGUCUCUCUUGCUCAGUCCAUACGCUUUUUGACUUAUGUAUCCCCGAGACGCAAAUGUAGACGAAAAAAAUUGAAAAGGGGUCUGUGGAUUAGAACUACAAUAUAUAGACUAGAAUCGACCCAGAAAUAUCUCGGGAACAUUGGAACAAUAAAGAACGGGGGCGCGCGCCGCGCAACAGCAGGGCUGGCAUUUGUUAUUAAGAAAAAGAAGAAAAAAAAUAACUAAGUGAUUUCCGAAGAAAAAGACUGGAAAUAUCAAGACAGUAAGAUCUUGCAAAUUAUUUGCACGUCUUCUUGGAGAUAACCUGUAUAUAACAUGAUUUUAUAACCGUAACAACCAUUGUGCAAAUAAAUGUUAUGACUCGAGAUCAUUGUGUUUUGAAUGGUUGGAAGUGAAGCCAGGAAGUCUCGUUAAAAUAGCGUCGUUUUUUUUAAUUUUAAAUAACAAAGGCAUUGCCGUACCAUAACUUGCAUUGUGUCUUAUACUAGUUGUAUUAUAAGCAAUGUGAUCAGAUUUACUGGGCUUUAUUGGAGAGAGUCGUCGUGCUAUUAAUUAUUCCUGGAAUUCGGAAACAGAAAAAUCAACACAAUGUUGCCGGUACACGAAAACAGGAUUAAGGAAAGCACAUCCCACCCCUAAUGGAUUCUGUAAGAUAUAUGCAUAAUGAAAAUUAAAUUGUUGAAGGAGAAAUAGAGAUUCUGUAAAUUUAGGCGAUCUCGCAUGAAACAUCCCAAGGGGGAACAACAGCGAUACAAGUCGACAAAUCUAACCGAUGAGUGUAGUUUAACUGUAUUUAAAUGUAUUUAAUCAAAGGGGCAUAACUGGAACAUUAGUAUUGUGUACUGUUACUUAGAUUUAAAACACAUUUAUACCUGGAAUGUUAAGGUUCUGAGUACCUCCCUAUGAGUCAAGCUAUACUGUGUUGAUUAGAAUACUGCUGUACUGUACUUUGGAAUUUCCUGGUCUAGAACGCCGCGAUCAAAGUUAUAGGUUCUAACAACAUCGGAUCCCGGUUCAGCUGCUGACCAUGGCUGCUGUUGUGAACUACUCGCCUCCUUGGUGGGCGAACCUGUUACACAGACUCCCUCAUUUCAAUCUCCAGUUUGAGCAAAUAAGCGGAGAAUUUCGUCCUGAAGAUUCGGAAUACCAGGAGUCGUUGCUGCUGCUGGGGGCUGUAGCGUUGGCCUGCCUUGCUCUGGACCUCCUCUUCCUCCUCUUCUACUCCUUCUGGCUGUGCUGUCGCCGUCGGAAGAGCGAAGAACCGGCGAACGCCGACUGCUGCUGCACCGCCUGGUGUGUCAUCAUCGCCACGCUCGUGUGCAGUGCUGGCAUUGCUGUAGGUUUCUAUGGGAACGGUGAAACCAGCGAUGGAAUCCACCGGCUCACAUACUCCCUCCGCCAUGCCAACCGAACCGUGGUGGGAGUGCAGAAAUUGGUUUCUGAAAGCACUACCUCCCUCAACCAGACUGUGGACGUGGGUCUAGGCGAGCUUGAGGGGAAGUACCAGAAGCAUGCUGAUUACCUCUCCAUCGUGCAGAAGCUGCAGGGCCAGCUGGAUGAGCUGGUGCGACAGGUGAUCGAGAUCCCCUUCUGGCGGAAUAACGAGGCCUCUCUGGAAGAGCUGGCUGUGAGAACUGAGCUCUAUGACUGGUACAGGUGGCUGGGGUAUCUCGGUCUGCUGCUCUUCGAUGUGCUCAUCUGUCUGCUUGUGCUCUUCGGACUCAUCCGCAAUUCCAAGGGCACUCUCAUUGGGGUCUGUUUCCUGGGGGUGCUGACCUUGAUUAUCAGCUGGGCAUCGCUGGGUCUGGAACUAGCCGUUUCCGCGGGUUCCUGUGAUUUUUGCGUGUCCCCCGACAUAUACAUCUCCAAAGUCGCUGAAGAGCAUGAAGUUGUCAGUAAAGAUAUUCUGCAGUAUUACCUGAAAUGUAGCACUGGGCACCCAAACCCUUUCCAACAGAAACUGUCAGGCAGUCACAAAGCCCUUGUGGAGAUGCAGGAUGACGUGGCAGAACUGCUGAGGUCAGCUAUCCGUGACUACCCCCAGACCAAGGGGACUCUGGAACAAAUCCAGGGGGUGUUGAACUCCACAGAGAUCGGCCUCCACCAGCUCACUGCCCUGGUUGACUGUCGCAGCCUGCACAUGGAUUAUGUCCAGGCUCUGACAGGGUUGUGCUAUGAUGGAGUUGAAGGCCUCAUCUAUCUGGUUCUCUUCUCCUUUGUCACUGCCCUCAUGUUCAACUCCAUCGUCUGCAGUGUCCCACACACCUGGCAGCACAAAAGGAGUGAGGAGGAUGGCGAGGAAGAGUCCAUGGCUCAGGGGAAUUGGCAGACUCAUGAUAACCUGUACCGUGUACACAUGCCUAGUCUGUACAGCUGUGGAAGCAGCUAUGGUAGUGAGACCAGCAUCCCUGCUGCUGCACACACAGUCAGCAAUGCACCCGUCACAGAGUACAUGAGCCAGAAUGCAAACUUUCAGAACCCUCGGUGUGAGAACACGCCUCUGAUUGGCAGGGAGUCCCCGCCUCCUUCUUUGUAUUUGGCUGCCAUGGACAAUAACACCCAUCUCAGCUGGCAGCUAAAGCCUUCGGACAGUGCAAGAACGUAUUGCUAACGACGUCCACUAAUCUAACAGUACACUUCUAGCAUGAGGGCAAAAUACCUUGCCACAAACCAGCCCGAAUCCAACAGCCCUGCCUCCUAAAUUCCCCUAACCUGCAUGCCCCUGGAAGCAAACUGGGGAUCACCAAGCUUCCAGACUUCCAACAGCCACUCGGAUCCCUCGCUAGACAAAGCUGUACACCAGAACUUGGAGCUGUUUCAGCUGAUGUGCACUUGUAAGUCUCUUUUUUGUGUAGAGAUCUGCCCCUGGGCUCAAGUUUUAAUACCAGGCAGAUUCAAAUGUUUUUGAAACCUUCCACCACCUGAUGUACAUAAUUGUUCAUUUUUCAAAAGGAAGAUCAAAUUUAGUGGUUUCAUUUGUUCUUUUUUUAUUUUGUUUUAAAAGGCAUACUUGCAAUGCUAUUGACAUUUUUUUAAUACAUAUUAUAAAAUCUGUUGCUGCUGGAGUAAGUGCAUCUGUUAGACACUGCAUCUUCAGUCUUCACCCUCGCCUGUUUGUUUCAUAUAAAUUUUUUACAAACCACUAUAAUAUUUGUGUGAGUGAGUGUUUUUACACAAACAUAUUUUUACCUUUGGGGGGGAAAAAUAAAUAAAAAAAAUGCUUGUAACUGUAAUUGCAGUGAAGAUUUUGUAUUUGUAUUAAAUAAAAUUACCUAAGCAUGCUUAGACUGUAUCAUAUUACCGCGCUCUAACCUGUGUGUAGAAUCAGCCUUCAUUAUGUAACCUUUCAGAAUCUUUCCUUUUUUUUCAAACAAUUCUGAAUUUCUGUUGAAUGUAAGAUCCGUUUCAACCCAGAUUAGUGAUGUGUAUUAACCAGGUGGUUUUGCCAGUGAUGUCUGUAGAACCCUGGUGCUAGAAUUGCAGUGUUCUAGAAUUGCAGUGUUCUAGGCUUGCAGCAUGAAUGUAGAUCACUACAUGUAGGAAUUUUAAAUAGGCACAGGGAUCCGUACCUAGGUCGAACUUGCUUCAAACUAAUCAAUAAAUGGUUAUGUCAUUAUUAUCUGCUUUUGACAACUAAACUUAAGUUUGGGAAUUUAAUAAAUUCAUACAUUUUAAUCGUUAUUAUUUUGAACAGAAUGCAGUCUAGUGGAAAUUCGGAGACUUGUAAUGUCAGGAUUUCUUUUUGAUACAUUUCUUUUACAUGUGCGGUUAAUAAACAAUAUGUUUUAAUCAGGAAGAUAGUGCUAUUCAAGUCUUGAAUAGUAAAACUUCAUAAGCAUCAGGCUACACAUAGCUGGAGGUGUACUGUUUUUAUUUGUAGAGCUAGAAGUGUCUCUGUGGGGCAGCUUGUAUUGUCUACUAACUCCAGCUGUUUUGUUUCUGCUUAAAAAAAAAAACAUUCCUCGUCUUAAAAGACUGCAAGAUGUAGUGUAUUUAUUAUUCCAAUGUUGUAUUGUUUAAAAAGAAUAAUGUCUGCAUUUGUAUUAACUUCAAACAUAUCAUACAAUGGCAUGACAAAAUGCGCAACAGGUUUUAUAUACGCAUCAGAAGUGCAGCAGCAACAGAAACUGAAGGACAGACCAGUGGCUUCCCUGAUUAUGAUGAUGUGAUCUGUGAUUAUUGUUUAAUACAGGUUUUUUUUUUUUGGGUGGGGGGGGGGGGGGGGUACCAUUGGAAUGAACUGCCACUAAAUGAAAGAAACUGAAGCGACUUGUAUAUGGCUUCAAUUGAAUUGUGAGCACCUAUAUGCGUAUGUUAAUGUGAAUUGGACACAACGUGUUACAGCAUCCACUUAAUAUGGAGGGCACAAUGACCACGACCAAAAUAACUGAAGAAACAAAACAAAACCGGGUAUAUCUCUGGAUGAACCUCCCCCAUUCUAAUAAGGGAAACAUUUCAAAAGGAAUCGCGAUAUCCAAAGUUAAUCAAAAGGCAAAGAAGAUCUGUGAAGGAUUCAUAUAACUUUGGCUUUCUUUGGUAAAAACAGUUUUUUAAUGAGGAGCAACGUACCUUUUGACUCAUCUUAUUUAAUGUUGUUUUCUGUACCUAAAGCAUUGCGACUGCACAAGAUCAUGGAAGAAAUAGUGCUUUCUACCUGUAAUAAGGAAGUGGCAUACAUGUAGUGUACUAACCCAAGCACUCGUAGUUGUUAACAACAGGUUUUGGUUCCUUUAUAUAUAUAUAUAAUUUUUUUUUAUAUAACGAUGGACCUUACAGAUGUAUGCUUUUUUGUUUUUUGUUUUUUUUAACAAAUUUGAGUACACAGACUGUGGUUCUUUCGACUGCCAACAGAUACCUAAAGUCCUUUUUCAAAAGCACAAGCGCUCUUGUUUUCACAAACUCUGGACUCUUGAACAUUAGUUAAAAAAAAAACUGUGUAAUGUAAAAUGGAAUAGCGUGCUGUACGCCCCUCACGCGCCAUCUUGUAAACUGUUGAAACUGUAAGAUACUUUGCUGUGAAUCUCUUAAUCUCCCUGUGUUUUCUAGUGGUGGUGUUAGUAAUUCUGUAUGUAAAGUAAUCAAUGUGUUUGCUUGUCAAUGGAAUGGGCUGAAAUCCUCCCCUAAUUGUAAAUAGAAAGCAGGACUCUCAGAAAUGUUAUGAUGUCAAAUUAAUACCUGAGGUAUGUAUCCUUAAGAGUUUUAUGCUUAAUGAUGACUUCAGGUGUUUUAUGCAAUCUGGACUGGCACUCCGUUGACGAGUUUAAAUUAAAGGCAUCAGUGAUUUCUUUUUUCCCAGCUCCCUGGAUAGCCAAAACAAAAUCCCAGUGUUUAUUCCAGCAUAAGUUCAGUGACAUCAUCACAUUUGUGUUCCGCAUGAGGUCAUGCUCAUAAGCCUGCUGCAUUUUCAGAACAAGAUGAACACAAUGAUUAAAGCACCACCUGCCAAGGAAUAAUACGAAUGCCAAGACUACAGUUCCCUGCAGGAAUUGAGUAACCUAGAGAAUGGAGGUUGUUUUGUGUUUAGUUUUUUAUGUAUCUGGAUUUUUUAGCAGUACUGAAGCUAUGGCCAAAGGUUUUGCAUCACCCUAUAGAAUUAACUAAUUUUGUUUCAUAAGGUGGAAUGAAACCUGCUGAAUAAUGGUACGUUAACAUAUUGAAUUACAUACCGCUUUGUAGUUUUCCCAUAUACGUAACAAUAAACGGACAACUCCUAAAUCUAACAUGAAAUACUGUACUACUAUCAUGGCUUCCGGUAGACUUUUACAAUAUCAUUUUGUAGUUUCUUUGAUUACAUGAGGUUAAAUAAAAUAUCUAAGUUAUGUUCAAAUAUAUAUAUUUUUUAUUAUGACUCAAUCCUAAAAUUCUAGGUGAUGCAAAACUUUAGGCCAUAGUGCCAGAUUAUAAUUGUGGCCAGCAAGGCAAUCUAUAUGAAAGCAAAGCUGUAGUUGUUUUUGAGGGCUACUUUUUAGUCUUUUUCUCCACCACCUACAAAAAUCUGCAUUAUGAAACCUGUGGAUAAGUAAGGGUUAAUCCAUUUCUUGUAGCCACAGAAGGUCAAGAAGUACUCUCUAAACCUUGCCAGUCAGCUAAUGUGCAAGUCAGACUACCCCAUGUUUAUAUUAUAUUACUCCUGUGUUGUGCUGGAAAACCAAAACAUUCCCUCUGGAAAUUUGAGCCCUGACUUUCUAAAAGAAAUGAAAUCUGUAUUUUUCUGUAUUUUUGUUUCUAUGGAUUUAAAGACCAUUUAAUGUAAUAGUGAGACAUUUUCAUUGUUUUUAGUAGUAAUGUACUCAUUAUUAAUCAUUGAUAGAACAAUGCAUCUAAAAGUAACUGUUUGCACGACACACACAAAAAAAAAGGUCAAAUGCAACUUGCCUUUGUAAUUUACUAUUUUUCUUUAUCAUACCACUUUUUUAUAUAUAUUUUGGAAAUAACAUUGUAGGUCCUGUAAUGUAUUCACAAUACUUUUUUUUUUUUUCAAAAUUUUGAAAUUGAGUCUACAUUGCUCUGUUUUGACAACAAAAAAUAUACUGUAGCUGAUGACUUAUUAUUAUUAUUAUUACUUUUUUUGCUAUUACUAAAAUAUUAUACAUGUUAAACCUGUGGUUUUAUUGAGCUUGAAUUCAAUGUUUUAAAAAAAAUCAAAUUAAAGUUACCUUAACAGA